UAUAUGUAUAUGUUGAGGAAGAAAACUAAACAGAUAGAGAAAGAGAGAGAAAGCAAGCUUAGUUAUGGAAACGCCAUUGAUGCCCCAUAUUGUAAUCUUCCCUUUCAUGGCAGAAGGCCAUACUCUACCAUUACUAGACCUAUCAAAAGCUCUUUCAUCCAAAAACAUCAAAAUAACCAUUAUCACAACCCCAUCAAACUCCAAAUCAAUUCUUCAAAAAAUCGAAAACCACCCAAACAUAAAUCUAACAGCGAUCACUUUCCCCACCGUUGAUGGACUUCCAGAAGGCUGCGAAAACACCUCCCAACUUCCUUCCUUCGAUCUCUACCUUCCAUUUCUCAUAUCCACGAAGAAACUCAAAGAGCCUUUCGAACAGGUUCUUCAAAGUAUGAAGGAUUCCAACGCACUUCCUGUAUGUGUUAUAUCUGAUUUCUUCCUUGGCUUUACGCUCUCUGUUUGCCAAGCUUACUCUGUUCCUAGGCUUGUCUUCCAUGGCAUGGGUGUUUUAUCCAUGUCGAUAAGCAAAACUGCUUUUGUUCACGCUCCACAUUUGGAAUCUUUCAACUUUUCCGAUCGAAUAGACUUGCCUGGUCUGAAUCUUCCAUUUGUACUGACAAAAUCGGAUUUACCCGACGGGGUUGUAAACGCAGCAGAUCUCAACGACCCGUUUAUUCAAUUCUUGUCGGAAGUCGGCGAAGCCGAUAUAAACAGCUGGGGAAUCAUUUUGAAUACAUUCGAAGAGCUUGAAAGAAGUCAUAUUCCACCCUUCGAAGCUUUUUAUAACAAUGGAGCUCGAGCUUGGUGCGUUGGUCCUCUGUUUCUGUACGGUGGAUACAACAACAAUAACAACAAACAAUAUGACAAUCCCUCUUCUACUUGUUGUUCAGCGAUGAUAACGAACUGGUUGAACGAGCAAGCAGUAUCACCAGGCUCUGUCAUUUACGUCUCGUUUGGAACGCAGGCAGAGGUAUGUGAGGCCCAGUUGGACGAGGUAGCUUUAGGGUUGGAAGAGUCUGGACACCCGUUUAUAUGGGUGGUCCGAUCCAAAACGUGGAACCCACCGGAGGGAUUGGAAGAGAGGAUCAGAGGUAAAGGUUUGAUUGCGAGAGAGUUUGUGAAUCAGAAGGAAAUACUAUGGCAUAGAGCCGUAGGUGGGUUUCUGAGCCAUUGCGGUUGGAAUUCGGUCUUGGAGAGUGUAACGGCCGGAGUUCCGAUUCUGGCUUGGCCGAUGAUCGCGGAGCAGAAUUUGAACGCUAAAUUUGUCGUGGAAGGACUGGGUGCCGGGGUUGGUAUGAGAAUUAAUGAGUGGGAAUCGAAAGGAAAUGGGAGCGUUAGUGUAUGGAGGGAGGGAAUCUGCGAAGGAGUGAAGGAGUUGAUGGGAGGUGGAGAGAAGGGAAGGAAUGCGAGGGAGAGAGCAGAAGCUUUGGGAUGUGUGGCUAGGCGUGCUGUUCAAGAAGGUGGCUCGUCUCACAGAGUUCUUGAUCAGCUUAUUCAACAGCUAAUUGGAUCAGAAUCUUGAUUAAUGUUGGUUGUUUCGUUACACAGAUUUGCAGCAAUAUUAUUCAACUUGUUUAGUAGUUUACCUUGUAUGAAUUUGGAAUAAUGUCAAGUUGUCAACUUGGAAACAGUUUAUUUAUUUAUUUAUUUUUCUCCUUUCUACCUCCUAGAAAUGUUUUCAUAAUGUAGGGGCGAUAAUAUAUAUUAGGUCAAGUUUGAUUA